AUGGGCAUUGAGGCCUCAGCUGGAAUCCCCCACAUUCCUCCCUGCUGGGGCUGCCCACCUGGCUGCGGCUGGCAGCAGGGGCCACGCCAUGUGGCUAAGCAGUUCGCGCGGCAUGGCGCCGCCUCCGGGGUGGCCGCCGGUUCUCUGUGGCCGUCGCGGGAGCAGCUGCGUGAGCUGGAGGCUGAGGAGCGCGAAUGGUACCCGAGCCUGGCGGCCAUGCAGGAGUCGCUGCGGGUGCAGCAGCUGGCCGAGGAGGAGAAGCGUCAAGCCAGGGAGCAGCUCAUUGAAGAGCGCAUGGCCAAGAUGCCACAGAUGAUUGAGAACUGGCGGCGGCAGCAGCAGGAGCGUAGGGAGAAGGAGCAAGCAGACAAGGAGCGGCGGGCCCGGCUGCAGGCUGAGGCCCAGGAGCGCCUGGGAUACCACGUGGACCCGCGGAGUGCCCGCUUCCAGGAGCUGCUGCAGGACUUGGAGAAGCAGCACCGCAAGCGCCUCAAGGAGGAGAAACAAAGAAAGAAGAAGGAGGCACGAGCUGCUGCAAUGGCCGCUGCUGUAGCCGAGGACCCAGCAGCCUCUGCAACACCCAGCUCUUGAGCUGUGUUCUUUCCCAGUAAAACCUGCUGCUUGAUAGCCCCACCCUCA